CUCGCUGGGCUUGGCCGCCUCCGGUGGCUUCUCUUCUUGGCGUCUCCCUGCCGGCUGCAAAGUGCCAUGAAGAGACAGAAGCUGAAGCGGAGGAGGAGGCAGGAGAAUUGCGGCGGCCGGUGAGGCGGAGAGGCCAUAUUCUGGGAGGGGGCGAAGACAUGCACCUUGCUGUUGCAUCCAGAUGAACAAAUCAUAAAGUUGGUUUGCAAUUCUCAUUUGGAUUCAGCGAAAAUUAAGGUUUGGACUAAAGUAGAAGUCACAAGGUUAUGAAGGAAGGGACCAGACAUUUGAAGGGAAAAGCUAAUGAACAAUCAUUGUAAUCAAGAGCAGUAAGCAUUCCUAGACUCUAAUGAAGAAUGGCUACCCCAUAUGUUCCUGUUCCAAUUCCCAUAGGAAGUUCUACUAGUUUUGCAACAAAUCGAAGCCAAAGAAGAUCAUCUCUUGGGAGCAUUUCAACAAGUUCAAAUUCUUCCAAAGGGCAGCUAGAAGACUCUUCUAACAGUAGCUUUAAAAAGAUGAGUGUCCCCGAUGAGAUUGGUGCCACUUCAUCUCCUUGUAAUAGCCCACUUGUUAGGACUAAAUUUAUAGGUAUGAACUCAUCUAUGGAAUACUGUAUUCAACCAUCAGAAGAUACUGCACAAAAUACAGAUUCUGGCAGCUGGGAAGAUCGACCUGCUACACCUACGAUUCUAGGAUAUGAGGUGAUGGAAGAGAGAGCAAAAUUCACUGUUUACAAAAUCCUUAUUAAGAGAAAUCCUGAGGAAAGCUGGGUGGUUUUCAGAAGGUAUGCAGACUUCUCGAGGCUUAAUGACAAGCUGAAAGAUAUGUUUCCUGGUUUUCGGUUGGCACUUCCACCAAAGCGCUGGUUUAAGGAUAAUUACAAUCCUGACUUCCUGGAAGACAGACAGCUGGGACUGCAAGCUUUCCUACAGAAUUUAGUUGCUCACAAAGACAUUGCUAAUUGCCUUGCAGUAAGGGAGUUUCUUUGUUUGGAUGAUCCACCAGGGCCUUUUGAUAGUCUCAAAGAGAGCAGGGCUUUUUGUGAGACUCUGGAGGAAACUAACUACCGUCUGCAAAAGGAACUUGCUGAAAAACAAAGGGAAGUGGAGGCUCUAAAAAAGAUAUUACAUGAAAAAGAAGUAUACAUAGAUGCAAUGGAAAAAAGAAUUAGGGAUUUAAAUGUAGAGGAAACUAAAUCUCGUAAGCUGUCAAGAGAAGAAAGUGAGUGCAGUGGAGAAGUGGAAUCUUCUGCAGUAGAGGCAGAUCAAGGGGGCCUGGAUGAAGACAACUGCUCAGAAAAAGAGAAUCAGGAACCGUCUUGGAGUAGUUCAACCGCAGAAAAUUCUGUCCCAGAAAUUGAAGUUGCUGAAGUAGCGUAUCCUGCAGAUGACACAGUUGCUCUUGCAAAAUAAUAAUAAUGACAGUGUCUGAAACAGUUGGAAGGAAAGCAUUCAGGAGCACCCAAGCAGGUACAUCAGGUAGGAGCAAAGGCUGAAUGUUUACCAAAACCAGGCUGAGUAAACUUUGACAUAGGAAGUCUAUGUGCUGCUUUAUCUAGCCCUUAGAUAUAUUUAAUAUAUGAUAUAUAUAAGUCCUGGCUAAAGCCAGCUCAAAUUAUGCAUAGCAGUCUAAGUAAAGUACAAAAAUUGCUGCAGUUUAGCAAUGUGUAAAGACUAAGAAGUCUCAUCUGUAGAUACCCCAAUCAUGUUUGUUCAUCAUGUGACACCUGCAGAUCGCAUGUUUGCUACUAAUAGAUGAUACAUUUUUGUAUGGGCAGCUUUCUGACAUCUGAUUAUUAUUAUUAUUAUUUUUACAAAUUCUUUAUAUAGGCAUAUAAUGUUAUGCUCUCAGAAAUAUAACUAUGCCCUCUAGGCUUAGUAAAAGAAUGUGAUCUGUUGUGGAUUUUAAAGUCAUAAGUGUAAAUAACGGAUAUGUACAUUUUUAAUGCAUUAUGAAUGCUUGCCGUACCAAAUGAAUGUUUCACAAAUGGAAGGAUGAUUGAAAGAGUUUGUGAUGAAAAUCAACUCAGUAAACUGUAGAGCCCAGAUACACUAUGGAUUUUUACCCUCAUGGGGGGGAAAUGUAAAAACUGAUUUAUUUUUAUUACCUUCUGACACCUUUGCCACAAUGCCACGUAAUCAUCAAACCCACAACUUUGCCUUACGUAAAGAACACUACCUCUUUGUUGCUAAUGCAUCGCAUUUGUUUAUCUGUAUAUUUUAUGCAGAUAGUUUGGGUCUUUAAAACCAUGUUCUUCCUGCUCACUUAAUUUAACUAGGGAAAAUCUAGUUGCAUUUAUUUCUUUUAGACUCAAGUACACAUGGGAACUUGCUACAAUGUCUUGUGUAGCUUAUUUUCAAAUGGUAUUAAAUCCAAUGGUGCACUUUAUAAUAAAAAGACUUAUUGUGCCAAGUUAAUUGGCUAUUUUUUGGAAUUGGACCCUUGGGAUUCGGGAAAGUGGGGUAAAGGAUUGCGUGCUGUGCCUUGUUAUUUUCCUUGUUCUACAUAUUUGUCUGGGUCAGCUUUAUGGAAUCUUCAAAACAUUCUGGUCAGCAGUAGUUUGCUCAAAGUGCCUUAUUUUGUCUGGUCUUCUGAUGGGAAGAAUGCUGUUUUUGUUUUUCCCUGUGCAUCCUACUCCUUUGUUUAAUUCUGUUAACAUGUACUCACAGUGUGCUGGCGUGUUUUUUCAAUGCUCACUUUGUAUUUUGGAGCGUAAGGACAACAGUCUGUAGAACUCCAUAAAGCUGUCUGGAAAAUAAACUUUUUGAAUAUUA